CAGAGCUGAGGUUCCAAUUGCCUCUCUGUAGGAAAUGGACUACAAGACCCAUGUGCCCAACUCUCUAGAUACUUUGUAAACUCUGUGCAAGUUGCGCGUCUGCACUGCUAUUUUAGGUAUGCAGCUAGUGCUAUCUGUUCGGCAGUGUGUUUUUUUGUCUGAUUUUGGCCUCUAGAAAUAAAAUUAAAGCAUCGGUAUUUGAUGACAUCUUUUAAACGUCAAUGCAUAGAUGACAUUUGGCGACAAGAUUUUCAGCUGAAUUCCCACUUGACUACACUGGCCAGCAUCCAUAAGAUCCACCACACCUUGCACAGGCUGAACCUGACAGAGGACGUUGGACAGGAUAGCCACCCCUCAGCUUGUUGCUCUAGAGCCAUGCCUCCUAGGAAAAAGAGGAGACCCUCUACUGGAGAUGACAUGUCAGCCAAGAAAAGUCGCCAAGACAGUGUUUUCAGAAAACAUGAAACGACACAAAUCCGUGAGGAGGACACUUUUUCCAGUAAAAGAUGCUUGGAGUGGUUCUAUGAAUAUGCAGGCUGUGAUGAUGUGGUGGGUCCAGAGGGCAUGGAGAAGUUCUGUGAGGACAUUGGAGUUGAACCAGAGAAUGUGGUGAUGCUGGUUCUUGCUUGGAAGCUGGACGCCCAGAGUAUGGGAUAUUUCACUCUCCAGGAGUGGCUGAGAGGCAUGGGCUCACUGCAGUGCGACUCCACAGAGAGGCUGAGGAACUCGCUUGAUUACCUGAGAUCUGUCCUAAACGACAGCACCAGUUUUAAGCUCAUUUAUAGAUAUGCCUUUGAUUUUGCUCGGGAAAAGGAUCAGAGGAGUUUGGACUUGAACACAGCCAAGUGUAUGCUGGGGCUUCUUCUUGGAAAGACGUGGCCUCUGUUUCCUGUGUUUAAUCAGUUUCUAGAGCAAUCCAAGUACAAAGUCAUCAACAAAGACCAAUGGUGCAAUGUUUUGGAGUUCAGCAGGACAAUCAACCUGGACCUCAGUAACUAUGAUGAGGAUGGUGCCUGGCCAGUUUUGUUGGACGAGUUUGUGGAAUGGUACAAGGAAAGACAGAUGUCAUAGGUGCAGAGCGAAAAUGGAAAAAACACAACUGUGACAACAACAACUAUGAGAAUCAACAACCAAUAAGUAAACAAUACAAAAAUGGUAAAGCAAUGACAGUGGGUGCUUCCUGGUAGAUGAGGGUUUUGGGCUGUGGGUGGGCUAGGGUGGGGGCACUGGGUUUGCAGCCUGGUUGCAUGCUGCCCAGAGUGCGGAGGCGGAAGGCUGCCAUUGUGGAGUAAUGUUCCCUACCGAAGUUGCAUAGUGGGCAAGCUUGGAGCAAUCCCCAGUGGCAUUGCUCUCUCUCACUGUGACAUGUCAUAUUGCUGUCUGUGUUAGGAUAACAUGGUAUCAUACAUGGAUGAUGGAAGCAAAAUGGUAUUGUGUGGGAGAACCACUCCUCACCCCUUGUCCUCAGCACAGAGAAACCAACAGAAGUGACCAUUCAUGCAUUGUGUCUGAGUCUUACACAGGGUCACUUUGAUCUGGGCACAUUUAAAUAUUAUAUAUCUGUGCAAUGAACUUGAACUUUUCUGGACAGAUGGCACUAACUAUUGUUUGUCAUAUUUUGAAUUAGAUAGGAGUUUGUCAAGAAGCACACCGUGUCAAAUGGUUGAUCGCAGGUUUCUGAUGCCUGUGCUGUUUACUGUUGAUUUGUGCCAGUGAUUUUCUUUUUUUCUCCUCCAGUUUUUGUUACCUCCUGCUGUUUUGCUCCAGCUAAUGCUAACAGUUUGCUAACCCCCUGCAAAGGCUUCAGACCUCAUAACACCAAACAAAUCAGCAUUGCUGCUUACUAACUCUUAUUACAGUACAGCGGUGAGCCACUAGUGCUCUGAUCAGCAUUUAUUGGUCUGAUGACCAAUAUUUGUAUCUACGUUGUGUAGGUAAGAGUAUUAUUGUGCCUCAAAACAUGGAAGUCACUUUGUGUGUCUCACACACGUACCAACAAACCCAAAUGUAUAUACACGUGUGAAAACACAACACACACAUAUACAUGUUCAUGAAUACACAGACACACUGAGUGGUCAGGGAUUAUUUCAGGAUGAAAUCAGACUGUUUGGGCUGUGUUAUGAGUUGACAUAGAGCUAGUUGGUGUCCAUUUUGUCUUGAGAUGUUGCAUCUGUUUUGUCCUCCUUAGUCCACUGAUAGUUUCAGGUCUCCUCUUACUAGUAGCAUCUCUCCCAACACUUGACAGUGUUAUUAUAACUACAGUGGAAGACCAGUGACCUUCUCAGGACGAGGUCCAUAAGGCUUGAAUAGAAAGGUAGGUUUGCUGAAAGCAUUGCUUUGUACCACCCGUAGGACCUAAUCAAAUCAAUGGACAUUGACAGUUUGGAACUGUGUGAUGAUGCUAUGCUGUUCUUUUUCGCCUAGUAUAAUGUUCUUGUAACAUGUAUAAAUUUUUGUCUUUGGCUGUGGUGUGAUGCUGAAUCGUCAGAUUUAAUAUUUGCAUGCAUGCUCCAACAGAGCCUUUUGUGAAUGGAUGAGAUUUUUUUGAAAACAUUUUCCAAAUGCGUUUUUGUUUUGUACAGGAAUUUGUGCAAGUGUUUUGUGCUUAAUUUGAUAUUCACGAUCAUGUUAUCUUAAUUCUGAUGAAAAACAUGAUUGUGUCUAUUAAGACCUGGAACACACCUGUAACCUCACGGUGGAACAGGAGUUCCCUCCUGCAUUUAUCCCAUCGCACACAUUCUCACAUACACAUGCUGCAAAGUUUUAGUUGUCUGCAGCCAGUAUACAGGAUUUUAUUUUAUUUAUUGGAAAUGCGUAACUUGUUUUGAAACUUUUGGAUCACACUUUCAUGAUACACAUAAAAUACACAUUGGAAUUUCUUGUGAAGGAACCAGCUCUUGUAUCACUGAAAUCCACUGCAGUUGAAACUAUAUUGAAAGCCUGUAUUAAAAUUAUAAUGCAUCAACCAUCAGCAUAACAUCGAAGAUUGAAGUAGUUGUUGGACUAAUUACCAAAUACUGUGUAGAGAUCAAUGAUUUAGUAUUCUCCCAUGAAAAUGCAGGAGGAUGAACACCCAUGUCCCAACUGUAUAUAUGUAUGUAAACUAUGUAAGUGUCUAUAUGUCUGUUUUCACUAUAACCUAUGUCAAUAUGCAUUAAUAAAAGGGUUUAUUAACUUA